AUGCGGCUGAUAACAUCCCUUACCCUUGCCGGCCUUGUGCUUCAAGCGUUUUCGCAGUCCGAUAGUGAGAGCGGAACGACCGAGACGACAGACACACCCACCGCAACCGGCGCCGAUUAUGCCACCAGCGGCACCACCUACGCCGACGAGUCGAGCACGUUAACCAUCACGGCAACCACCGACUAUGCCACUGUGACAGACCUGUCGAGUCUUUUCGCAACGUCAAACGGCACCACAACCUCAUCCGGUACAGAGUCCGGCAAUGCGACGACGACUUCGACAUCAUCCUCGGCCACCGAAACUGUGUUGGUAGGCAGUUCGAGGACAACGAGUACCUUGAACGGGACGGCGACUACGAACCAAACAGCCUCGAGCACAUCGUCUACCGUACCGCCCACAAACACCGUCCCGUGUAAUGGACACCCGUCAUUCUGCAACCGCAAGUUCAGCAACAUCACCUACGUGGCGGCCCAUAACAGCCCCUUUAUCCGUCCGGGGAAUCUUGCCUCGAAUCAAAUGCUGGAUGUGGAGACUCAGCUCAACGACGGGAUCCGCAUGUUACAAUUCCAAGCACAUCUCGAGGACGGGACCAUGUACCUCUGCCACACGUCCUGCGAGCUUCUCAACGCCGGCACACUGCAGGACUACCUCGGCACCGUGACCAAGUGGCUGCGCAAGCACCCCUACGACGUCAUCACCAUCCUCAUGGGGAACUACGACGUCGUCGCGCCGCAGAAUUUCACCGCGCCGGUGGUCAACUCGGGGUUGAUCGACUUCGUCUACACGCCUCCGACACAGCCCAUGCCGCUGGACUCGUGGCCGACGCUCGCCGAGAUGAUCUUCCGGAACCAGCGCGCGGUAGUCAUGCUGGACUACGAGGCCAACCAGACCGCGAUCCCCUGGCUGCUCGACGAGUUCUCGCAGAUGUGGGAGACGCCCUUUUCGCCGACGGACCGCAACUUCCCGUGCACGCCGCAGCGGCCGCCGGACCAGGCGCGCAACGUGCGCGAGAACCGCAUGUACAUGGCGAACCACAACCUGAACCUGGACGUCAACGUCGCGGGGAUCAGCAUCGACGUGCCCUUCUUCACAAUGCUGAACGAGACCAACGCCGACGCCGGGUUCGGCUCGUCCGGCCGCACCGUCCUCAACUGCACCGCCCUGUGGGACCGCCCGCCCAACUUCCUGCUGGUCGAUUACUACAACAUUGGCAAUUUCAACGGCAGUGUCUUCCAGGUCGCCGCGGACGCCAACAACGUGACCUAUGACCGGGACAGUUGCUGCGGUACGGCGGGGACUACUAGCGCAGGUGUGAGGCUUGCCGGUGAUCUGAGGCGCUCUCUUUUGAUGGUGGUGGUGGUCGUCGGUAUCUCUUCGCUUAUGGUAUUGUAA